CUCCUCCCGCCCCGCGCGGCGCUGACGGGACGCGCUCGGCUGGCCGCGCGGUAAGGCGAUGCCCCGGGGCGGCGCGGAGCGGGGCGGUGGGGGGCGGGCGUGGGGUGGCCCCGUUCCCCGGGCUCUGCCGCCGAGCCGCGGGAGCUCUCGGGGGCAUGGCGGCCCUCAGCCGUGCCGGUGGAGCCCGACAGGAGAAAUUCAUCCAUUUGAAAAUGUCUUCGGUGAAACGCUUGGUUUAUGCUUUCAUCCAUUUCCUGAGAGAGCAGAGUCAGAUGGAAACUUUCACUCCAGAUGAACAAGAAAGCUUAGAAGUUGCAAUUCAGUGUCUGGAGACCGUUUUUAAGAUUAACCCAGAAGACACUCAUCUUGCACCUCCACAGCAUUUGAUAGAAAUAUUUGCAAAUUCUUUCCACAAGAAUGAUAAGCUGCCUCUCUUGGAUUCUUUACCGGAGGAUAUUGAAAAGGCUGACCGUCUGAAGGAUGAAGGUAACAAUCAUAUGAAAGAAGAAAAUUAUGGUGCUGCAGUGGAUUGUUAUACGAGGGCAAUAGAGCUGGAUCCAAACAAUGCAGUCUAUUACUGCAACAGGGCAGCUGCUCAAAGUAAACUCAAUAAGUACAGUGAAGCAAUAAAGGACUGUGAGAGAGCCAUAGCAAUAGACCCAAAGUACAGCAAAGCAUAUGGAAGAAUGGGGUUGGCUCUGACCUCAGUGAACAAAUAUGAAGAAGCAAUUACCAGUUACCAAAAAGCACUGGAUCUUGAUCCAGAAAAUGAUUCUUAUAAGUCAAAUUUGAAAAUAGCAGAACAGAAACUAAGAGACAUGUCCAGUCCUACUGGAACUGGGCUGAGUUUUGACAUGGCAAGCUUGAUAAACAAUCCUGCCUUCAUUAGCAUGGCAGCAAGCUUAAUGCAGAAUCCCCAGGUUCAACAACUGAUGUCAGGGAUGAUGUCAAAUGCCAUUGGUGGCCCUGCUGCAGGUGUUGGUGGCCUGUCAGAUUUGUCCAGCCUGAUCCAUGCGGGGCAGCAGUUUGCACAACAGAUACAGCAGCAGAAUCCAGAGCUCAUAGAGCAACUGAGAAAUCAUGUCCGGAGCAGAUCUUUCAGUGGCAGCACUGAGGAACAUUCCUGACUUACAUGAGUCCUGUGAAUUGAAAUGGUAUAUAACCCCAAAAUGCAUACCAUAGUUAGUAGCAAAAGCACCAUUGUUAACUCUUCUGCUUGAAUAGAAGACUGAAAAUUCUUUGUGUGUGUUUGCAAACAAGAAUAAAUCUGUUAAACAGAUCUAUUGCACAUAACAUCAUUUAAUGUAUAGUUAAUCCUCUGAAGAUUAAUAUGCUAAAUACAUUCAGUGGUUUAUUAAAAUCCUUAUGUACGAGUCAUUUUCAGUAUGUGCAUUAGAUUGAUCUCCAGCGGUGCUGAAUGGCAAGGAGUUCUGCAGUUGGCUGAUUUAGUGUAACAUCUUAAUUCUAAAAUCCUAAUGUAAAAGGCAUGUUAUUCUGAUGAUGAAAAUUGUUACAGCUGCUGAAACAAUAGCUUCAUCAGUCCUUGUAAUGGACAUCUGAUGUGCCCUUCUGUAAUGAGUGUAAAUCAGUGUUGGCGUGUAGAAUGUACAUAAAACUUCUGCUUGAAGUCUGUUUGUAUCUGUGGAGAGGCUGUCAGUGGUAACAUGAAGUACUUUUUCAACAUCAUUGGGCUGGAGAAAAGGAAAUGACUGCAUGUAAAGGAGUACCAAAAACUGUAGAGAAAAAGGAUAAUUCUUAAGUGGAAUUAUACAUACACCAAUAUACAAUUUGGCUUGGUAAGGAAAUAGUAUUAAGGAGUUUCAGGCUUCUCAGCUGCCAUGUAUACCAUCAGAUCAACCCUGGAGGCCAGCAGUGUGGCGCUGUUUUCACAGGCAUUGCAAACUGCAUUACAUUCUGUAUGUAUGCAGUAUUUAACAUAAACUUAACAUUAAGAACUGUAAUAAACUAAAAGUGAUCAUAUGACUGUAUUAAUAUAAUGUACUGAAAAGUAAUCAAAAAUGAUUGCCUUAGAAGGAUUCUCUUUCUGUUCCUGUGAGAUAAAUCACUGGCCUCAGAUUCAUUGCAUGUAUCUACUUUUAGCAAUGAUUGUAUGGCUAAAGAUUUUUCCAGUUUUUCUUAUUUCUGUUCUUACGUUGGCAUUCUUAAUCAGCUAACUUUAUUCUGAAAGAGACCGCUGUUUGUCUGUAUUUUCUUUUAAAUUCUGCUUGCUGCUCAGAUUGCUUUCUGCUAUGAGGUACAUCUGUUUCAGCUCCAGGGAGCUUCUCAACACGUAAUUUCCUCUUUCUAAAUAGAAACUAAAACCGAUUUGAGGAGCCUGCUUUGAUUCCUAAGACAAAGUGCCCUCUACUGGCCUCUCAGACUAGAGGCAGCCUGGAAGAAUAAAACAGAGGCUCCCCAAUGGAAAAAGACACAGUAACUCCUUGGACAUUACACAUUAUAUCUGAUUUAUCUUGUGGGGGAAAAAGAGAGAAACAAACUCAAAAAAUGCAGAAGUGUGACUAAGUCAGGGACUCCACUAAGAAAUGUGUGCAUCCAUUGUACAAGCCUUCAGCAGCUAAAACACAGGGAAAAAAUGCAGCUGGGUCCAAGGAGAAAUGAAAUGAAGAAAACAAACAAACAAAAAAAUCCCAGAAACACAAAAUCCACAUUAUCAUCUGUUGAACACAUACGCUUAAUACAGCAGCAUCAAGAUAUUCGUAGUGUCUUCAACAGAGCAACCCAACACACAGCACUAACUUAAAAUAAAAUUAUCCCUAAGUUGCUGUGGCUGCCUUCUUAGGACUGUGAAGAUAUUUAAGCUUCACAUUAAAUAAAUACAUUUCCAAAUAAAAACUAAAAAAGAACAUUUGAUGACAAAGAACCUUUUUAAUGUGGUCUUUUUCCAGAAGUAGUUAAGAUUCUGAAUCUUAAUCUGUGAGUUAAGUUCAGUUACACUAACAUAACAGGAAAGGAUGCUGUCUACAAGAAAGGUCGAUGUAUGUAUGUGCUACGUGGGCUAAAACUACUGUACAAACAGUGUUCUGUGUUGUGUCAGGAAAGAAGCAUUGCUCCUAGCACAUAACUCCUAUUAAUCUUCACAUUUCCUUAAUUUUCCUCCAUAGUGAGUUUUAUUAGCUUUGCUAAGGGGAGAGUAGUAAAUCCAGGAAUGUCUGGAUAGCACAUGGGGAUCUCUCUCAAUUAGUUCAUACUUCUGUUGGCAGCACUGUUGAUGCAGAUAUCUUUCUACUUUAAAACAGCAAGUGUGAAGAACCUCUUAGGAAUUCCUUAAAAACAUCAAAGUGUGGUAAUACUGAUAAACUGCUGUAGAGGUUGUACUGUCUUCCAUAAACAUGCUUUUUUUAUUUUUUAAAUCGUCCACUGCUAUGGCCCUAUAGUUUAUUGUAUUUAUCAGACAGAGUUUAAUCAGUCCCUAAGGUAAAAGAGAAAUGAGCUAUUGGUUUGUUAUUUGAAAAGACUGAAAUCAUCUUUAUGGAUAUUUUACGUACUACAGCAUCGUCAACAUUUAGGUUUUAUGCCUGUACAAAUCAUAUGUAACCAGAAUAUGUAUUACAAUGAUGGCAUUAGCUAACUUUUUUGGAAUGUGCUACAACUCGUGUAAUACUUGUAAACAUUCUUUGUUUCUUGUGUAUUAACAAAAAGGGCUUUAUAGCCUCAAUAAAAGACAGUGCAACCAAUAA